CCCAAAGUAAACUUCGACCCUCAAUCCACUUGAACCGAUCUCCUCAAACAGUCUCACCGCGCCAACUUGACCAUCAGGCCUUAAUCCUCAUCCCAACCUAUCAGAAAGAGCAGUCGAAUGAACUGGCUUCAAUCGGGCCGAAUACCCUUUCUCUUCAUGACCGCAGGCUCGGUUUGGGGCUUCCGGUUUGGCUUCCAGGAGUCAAAGUCAGUAGCUUCGUCCAAAGAAAGUACUGCUCAUCAGGCGGUCUUGGAGAAUGAGCUUCGAAUGCCCAGUCUGAUGAGCGAGCUCGAGGAGCGACUGCAAGGCGUUAGCAUUGAACCCGACCGAGAGGAAAGCUCAUGCUACAGUCGAAUCUUUGGCGCGCUCACCAACCCGGAGAAAAGCGCGGUUCCAGAACCUUCAUUAUGUUCAGUGCUGGGUCGCUCAGAAGCACACCGGACGGCCUUUGCUGCUAGGCUAACAAUCUGUGAAUUGGAAACCAACCGUUUGACAUUGCCGAGGGAGUGCUCCCUAUGGAUUGAAGCUGGCUCUGAACCCACCUCCGAAAAGCUUCAAGCUUGCGUCGGCGCCUUGCAUGCAUCUCCGCAGUCCUGGUCCUCCUUUACUGGCCACCAAAGAGAAGCUGUUCAACUGUGCUUUGCUCAUCACAAAUUACAAGGAAUCGAGCUAGCCACUUCCUUGAAUCUCAAAACCAUCAAGUUUUCGACUGACAUGAUCAGAUUGAGCAGAUUGGACCAUCAAUCUAACCAAGAAGAUCUCCGGAACCUGCGCGAUCAUAUGCGCGAUCGGUUCGAUCAAAGUCUUCGAAACUUGGAUUCGGUCUCCGAAAGCAAUCGACUGGAAUCCCAGAAACUCUUCCGCGAACUGGAAGCCCGUUUCCAGGAUGUCAAAUCCCAUCUGUACGAGCGCAAUCAACAGUUGUGGAACGAGUUCCAUUCGCAUCAAAAUCAGCAGAUCGAAAACAUUCAAGAUAGGGUGCAAUCUCUCAAUAAUAACAAUCAACUGAAACUCAACGAGAAUGUCAACAACUUCAUACUAUCGAUGAAGGAAGAAGUAGAGCAGAAGAUCCAAUCCAGUCUGGAUUCUGCGGCGGCCGGAAUGAUAGCAAACUUGAAGCAAGCUUUUGAGCUUGAAAGUCGCUCCAACUCAGCCAAUGUAAACCAUCAAAUCAAACAGGCAUUUGAAGCAGCCCUGGAUCUAGCCACCCACCGGCAUCAUCAAGGAUUGGAAGAAAGCAUCACCGCACAAUCGCAGAGAAUGGCGGCCCUGUUUGAGGAGCUUCUUUCAGUAGAAAACAUCCUCAGCUCGAUGAAGCAGAAUCUGGACUCUAUGCAAAUCACUUCGUCUGAUCGCGAGAGUAUUUUAAGAGAGUCUAGCGCCAAGAUAGAGGAACAACAAAGGAAAGGCGAAGAGCUGAUCCACAGGUUCAUGGAAAGCAUGGCCACCCACCAAGCGAUGAUCCAGACCCUCACCGACACUGUCUCUGACUCGCCACUCUUCGUCUUCUAUUCCUUCUUCAAAACCGGGUUUUUGUCUUGUAAGGAAAUAGCUAUCUUCAGAAAAUAA